UGUGUGUGUGUGUGUGUGUGUGUGUGUGUGUGUUUCUGCAGGGGUCCAGGGAGGCUUCAGCACAGGGAACAGCCAUGGAGGGGGACUGUCUCAGCUGUAUCAAGUACCUCAUGUUCAUCUUCAACUUCCUCAUUUUUUUAGGAGGCUCCUUCCUGCUUGGUGUGGGUGUGUGGGUACUGGUGGACCCUAUGGGCUUCAGGGAGAUCGUAGCAGCCAACCCUCUGCUCUUCACUGGGGUCUACAUCAUCCUGGCCAUGGGGGCAAUGCUCUUCCUCCUGGGAUUCCUGGGCUGCUGCGGAGCCAUCCGGGAGAACAAAUGUCUGCUGCUCUUUUUCUUCCUGCUCAUCCUGGUCAUCUUCCUGGCAGAGUUAGCAGCAGCCAUCUUGGCCUUCGUAUUCCGGGAGCAUCUCACCAGAGAGAAGUUUACCGGAGAUCUGAAGAGACACUACCAGGGACACAACAACACGGACGUCUUCACCUCCACGUGGAACGCCCCCAUGACCACCUUUGACUGCUGUGGGGUGAACAGCCCGGAUGACUUUGAGGAGAGCCUGUUCAGGCUCCUCAGCCCAGACAAGAUGGUUCCUGGGGUGUGUUGCCAGGGCAACGGUCACCCUGGAGAUGCGGUGGAUGACCUCAGCAGGGACGAGUGUCUGAGGGGAAGCAUGGAGCUCCGCUACAACAAGGGUUGUUACUCAGCGGUGAUGGAUUAUUUUGAGGCAUACAUCUACAUGACAGGAGCUCUGGCCAUUGUUACCUUGUUCUUGCAGCUGUUUGCCAUGGUGUUUGCCAUGUGUCUGUUCAGAGGAAUCGACCAGUAACCCUGACAACACACACAACUCCAGGAAGACACUCAACAGAGGGACACAGACUGACGAAGGAGAAGAGAGCCCGAAGAGAUCCACCUGUAGAUGUUUAAUCAAAUGUUAGGAGAACAGAGCCUAAAGACAACCAACCAUGUUAGGAGAAUAGAGCCUGUAGAUUAUAAAUCAGAUGUUAGGAGAAUAGAGCCUGUAGAUUAUAAAUCAGAUGUUAGGAGAAUAGAGACUGUAGAUUAUAAAUCAGAUGUUAGGAGAAUAGAGACUGUAGAUUAUAAAUCAGAUGUUAGGAGAAUAGAGACUGUAGAUUAUAAAUCAGAUGUUAGGAGAAUAGAGCCUGUAGAUUAUAAAUCAGAUGUUAGGAGAAUAGAGACUGUAGAUUAUAAAUCAGAUGUUA